GCACAAACUAGACCCUUCAACUCCGCACCAAGCCCACUUUCACAAUUCAAUUUCCUCCUCCAUAGUAGCCAUCUUCCCCUACCAAUAUGACCGUCCGCGUCUUCAUCUACGGCUACCGCAAGCCCGGCCUUUCUCUGUCCACCUUCCGAGAGCGUUACGAAGCACACAUCGAUCUCGUGAGACGUAUCUCCGGCGAAGACUUCCCACUCUCGCACCGCCGUACCUAUAUAGCUCGCACAACCGUCGAUACCCCACCUGCUGGGGCGACGGCCCGCAACGCCACAACCCCGGCGACUAUCCUUCAAGGCCAGCAGUCGGACUUUGAUUUUGAUACGACGGCGGAACUGACCUUUGCUGAUCAGCCUUCUUUCCAGGCUUUCAUGGCUAAGGUGACGGCUCCUGAGGCGGCGGCGCAAAUUGCGGAGGAUGAGGAGCGGUUUUUUGAUCGGAAGAUGUUGAGUUUUGCUAUGAUUGGGGAGGUGGUGGAAACGAGGAAGUAGGGGUUGCUUGAGUGGUAAAUAGGGCCAAGUUGGCAAAGGGAAGGUACAAUUUAGUAGUAGACAUGAUGUUUGCUAAUUUCUCUACUGCAUGUAUGGGCGCCUUGCCUCACUGCGUGCCUAAAACCAGAUUGGAGCUUGAGGUCUGUGAAGUAAGCGGCCUACUCGAACAUGGGCACAUGAGAAGAAUUGUCUGCGUCUUAACAAAAGGCAAUGGUCAGAAUCUGUGUAUCAGAUACUCCGCUG